GCAGAUAAGCUAAUUUCCUCGCCCUAUUACGAGGCCCUGGUUAGUGGAGGGACCUGGUUUUAGCUGGUAUGCGCUGUGCGGCUGGUUCACAUUAACUGCGUUGACGAGCCUGUGCAGGUCGCACGUCUGUCCUCCUCUGCGCACGAUGUUUAGCAGAAUCCCAGUGGAUGAAAACCGGCCAGUGUGGAGAAAAAACACACCUUCUCAGUCCAGAAUAGUUUUUGUUUAGCGUCGUUGGAGCCGUGCAACGUCUUCACAGUGUGUGUGUGUGUGUGUGUGUGUGUGUGUGUGUGUGGGUGGGUGGGGAGGACCAAGGAUAAAUAGAGCGUACACUCCUCUCCUGUGCGUAAACGCGUUGAGCGCUGGACCUGGCAUGGACACUGAGCUCUCGGGUUGGCUGUGAAUUAAUGGGAACAUUUACAUUCAUUAAUUAGCAUGGAAGGACCUAUCAGUUUGAUAGUUUAGACCAAAGAUAUACAGGGACAUCUUUUAUUGCGCCGAAUGGAUUAAGACAAACAUUUGUCGAAUGGAAAUUAGUAUCAUUUCUUUGUUAUGUAAGUGGAGCAUUGAUUGUUGGACUAACCAAUGAUCCAUACUUUGCUGCGACGGUUGCGCACAAUCCACGUCAGUCAGAGAGAUGCCCUAUUUGUUCCUGAGGAUGCUUUGAACUUUAUCAAGCCUUUUUUUAAAACACUGUUCCUAGGAGGACAUCGGGAAAACACUCAUCUGGAUUCAUUUGGACUCUACGCAUUGCGUAAUUGGCAGGGAAAUGCGCUUGUCCGUUAGAUAGGCUCCACAUAAUGUUGGAACUAAUCCCUGCUGGAACGCGUUUAUCGCAGCAUGUAUGUUGUAAACACAGCAGAGACAAGGAUGAAGGUGUUUAAUAUGAAUGUGAAAGGUCGACAUCAGAUGCUGGUGGCGCUCUGUUGGCUGUUGUUUGUGACGAGGAGCGGAGCAGUUUCCAGAUGUGUGGACCAUGCCUGUAGUCCACCCAUAAGGAAUCUGGCUAGUGGCAGGACCCUUAUCACCCUCUCAUGCUGCUGUGGCAACGGUUCCUUCCACUCCAGCCCCUGCCCCCAUCCUCCUGUGACUCCCCACCUCUGUCCAGAGGAGACCCACCCAUCUACUCACAUGACUGAUGAUCCUUUCUUGCAUCCGGAUACCUGGUGGGCAUCAGGUGCAGGUACUGCUGAGGAGCAGGAUGAGAUCCGGUUGGAUCUGGAAACAAAGUUCUGUCUGUCCCACGUGGUUCUGGUGUUCAGGUCACCUCGGCCUGCUGCCAUGGCCAUCGAACGUUCAGUUGACUUUGGAAAGACCUGGGAAGCUCUUAAGCUCUUUGCGCAGAAUUGCAGCAUGGAGUUUGGUUUGCCUGAUGAUUUUACUCAGCCAGGCUCUUUGUGUACAUCCCGUUACACCAGUGCUACACCCUGCAGUCGAGGGGAGGUAAUAGUGCGGACACUAGACCCCAGCAGUGCUAAAACACUGGACCCUUACAGUCCAGAGGCCCUUGCCCGCCUCACCCUCACUAACCUCCGCAUCAGACUGCUAAAAGCUCAGACCUGCCCGACACCUCUAAAUCCCCCUCCAGUACAGACAAACCCCACAGCCUCAGCCCUGACCUCCAUAUCCAACGUAGAAAGCCCAGCCUCAGCACCCUAUGCUAUUUAUACUUUACUAGCCAGAGGGACCUGCCUGUGUCAUGGACACGCUGAGUAUUGUGUACCACACAACAGCAGCCAAGACACAAAACAGGACAGUAACAUGGUGUCUGGCAGGUGUCAAUGUACUCACCACACUGCAGGCGAUCACUGUGAGAAGUGUGCCCCGCUCUACAAUGAUCGUCCAUGGAGGCCUGCCAAUAGCAGCAGUGGAGAGCCCAACCCAUGCCAGAAGUGCCAGUGCCACGGUCACGCAGACAGCUGUCACUUCUCUCAGCGGGCAUGGCUUUCCUCAGGUCUCACCAGCGGGGGCAUUUGUGAUGACUGCAGGCACAACACCGUCGGGCGCAGGUGCCAGCGCUGUCGGCACGGCUACCACCGUCGCCCAUCCCUUCCCCUCAGCUCACCCCAUACCUGUACACGCUGCUGGUGUGAUCAACAGGGCUCUUUGCCUCCUCGUCCUGGAGAGGAGGGACCCUGGUGCCACCCUAGAAGUGGGCAGUGCCACUGUAAAUCUGGUGUAGGGGGCACAAGCUGUAGCCACUGCCUGCCCAGCUAUUGGGGCUUUGGAGAGGAGGGUUGUAAACCCUGCACCUGCCCUGUGAGCUGUGAUCCAAUCACUGGGCAGUGUUUGGACAGCUACUCAAAUAACCAGGUGUUCAAUGUACCCAUUGGUGGAAAAAUUCCUGAUCUGGAUCACAUGUUCACAAUUGAUGAAGAGGUACAGUGGUCAAAGGAGCUUGCAGUCUCUGCUCUGCAUUACACAGGAAAGUGCAGCUGUAAGGAGAAAAAACUGAGAAGUGCAUCUGACCUCUGUAAAACCAAACAUGAUUAUAUGAUCAAGGCCAGCGUGCUGUCUGCUCAUGACAAAGGCAGCCACGCAGAAGUGCAGGUCAAAAUUCGCAAGGUCCUUCAAUCAGGUAAAGUGACGCUCAAUUUGGGGACCAUCAGCAUCUAUCCUCUGUCCUGGACCAGCCGCGGCUGCACCUGUCCUAUUCUAAACCCAGGUAUGGAGUACCUGCUAGCAGGUCCAGAGGAGGCUGGGACAGGCCGUUUGCUGGUCACCAUGCAGAGUGUGGUGGUCCCAUGGACACCCAGACUGGGUCUGCUUAUAUCAGAGGGACUGAGGAAUGGAUGUCCAUGAACCAUAUUUAUUGCGAGGAUUGUGUGAGACAGUGGACAAUUCAGAAAACGGACUGAGAAAUCACUGUACUACAUGUCGUGUCACACUCAGACUCAGUCAGUCAGCUUGUGGGUGUGCAACACAAAAUAAAGACUGACAUGGACUGUAAUAAACUGUAUCUGACAUUAAAGGCUUUGUUUGCAUACAAGAUUUGUUCUUCACCACAAUUAAAGCCAAGAAUAAAUCUUUUACUGUCAUCUUUGAGUAAUAUAGAAAAUAUGACAAGGGCAAAAAUUUUAGUUUUCAUUUUUAGUUUAACAUUUUAGUUUGCAGAAUGUCACAUAACCGAUAAAAGUUGUUAUAAAAUGUAAAUAUGAUUCAUUUUAAGGGCUACAGCUAUAUAGAUUUGAGUAAAUAAAACGUGGCAAAUCUAUAAAAUCACUAAUAAAAGAGUAAAGUAAUAAGUAAGGACUGUAAAAUAAGACU